AUGAAUUCCCCGUUAUUAGCAGUCCUUAGUAACGUGUUGUUAGACAAUCGGUUGAAAAAAUAUGUAACAGGCAAUUUGGUUUCAGGAUUGACACACGAAUGCGGUGUUUUCGGCGCGAUCGGCACCGGCGAUUGGCCGACGCAAGUGGAUGUCGCGCAGGUCAUAUGUUUGGGGCUCGUGGCGCUACAGCACAGAGGACAAGAGUCAGCCGGCAUAGUGACGUCAGAAGGCAAAAGCGCGCGCACAUUCAACUCUCACAAAGGCAUGGGACUCAUCAACAACAUCUUCAACGAUGAAGCUAUGAAAAAACUAAAGGGGAAUCUGGGCAUUGGACACACGAGGUACUCGACGUCAGCAGCGUCAGAGGAGGUGAACUGCCAACCGUUUGUGGUGCACACAGCGCACGGUGCCCUCGCGGUCGCACACAACGGGGAGCUCGUCAACUGUAGCAGUCUCAGGAAGAUGGUACUCGGGCGAGGAGUCGGCCUCUCAACACACUCGGACUCGGAGCUCAUCACACAAGCGUUGUGCCUGAACCCGCCUGAGGGCGAGACCAAUGGACCCGACUGGCCAGCUAGGAUCAAUCACCUAAUGAGGUUGGCCCCAUUGAGUUACUCGCUGGUCAUCAUGCUCAAGGACAAGAUAUACGCCGUUCGAGAUCCGUACGGAAACCGGCCGCUAUGUCUUGGCAAGAUUCUACCUCUCGGAUCCUCCUAUGCUUACAAACAGUCAUCAGCUCAGCAUGCCGCGGUUUUAAUGAACGGCAGCGCAAAGAACGGCUUGGAUGACAAAGCUGAAGGGUGGGUCGUCUCGUCGGAGUCUUGCGGCUUCCUUUCAAUAGGUGCACGUUACGUCCGCGAAGUAUUACCCGGCGAGAUAGUAGAAAUGUCGCGGCACGGGAUUCGAACCGUGGACGUUGUGGAGCGGCCGGCGGACAAGCAGCAAGCGUUCUGCAUCUUUGAAUACGUGUACUUCGCCAGAGCGGACAGUAUCUUUGAGGGUCAGAUGGUGUACUCGGCGCGGCUGCAGUGCGGCCGCAUGCUGGCCCGCGAGUCGCCCGUGGACGCAGACAUCGUGUCCUCCGUGCCCGAGUCGGGCACCGCCGCCGCGCACGGAUACGCACGACAGUCAGGGAUCCCGUUCAUGGAGGUGCUGUGCAAGAAUCGGUACGUGGGCCGCACGUUCAUCCAGCCGUCGACGCGCCUCCGGCAGCUCGGCGUCGCCAAGAAGUUCGGCGCUCUCUCCGAGAACGUGAAGGGCAAGAGGAUAGUGCUCAUAGACGACUCCAUCGUGAGGGGCAACACCAUAGGACCGAUCAUCAAGUUGCUGCGGGACGCUGGCGCGGGCGAGGUGCAUAUAAGGAUAGCGUCGCCACCGCUCAAGUACCCGUGCUACAUGGGCAUCAACAUACCCACGCGUGAGGAGCUCAUCGCCAACAAGAUGGACAGCAACAAGCUCGCGGAGCACGUCGGAGCGGAUAGCUUGGAGUAUUUAAGCGUGGAGGGUCUGGUCAGCGCGGUACACUACAACAUGAAAACGACUCCCAGCGAUGGAGUUGGCGGUCACUGUACCGCCUGCCUCACUGGCGAGUACCCCGGCGGCCUGCCGGACGACGUAGACUGGUGAUAGUGAUGUUAUGACGGUGAUGGACUGGUGAUGAACUCAAAAAACUUGUAUCAGACUGCAGUGAUGGCAUUUAUUUAUAAAUGAAACUAGGCCGUGACCAUGUCAAUCUUAAACUCGAGCACUGGUAAAUGAUGGCGUAAUGUCAUGGGUUUUGGUAGAAUAUGUUCGUACAUGUAAAUACGUUACGCUAUGUGUGUGCAUUAUAUUCUAUGUGUGUGUUACGCCACACAUAUCUACGGUACGUCGCUGAUAUACCGUUACGUAACGUCGCAUAUGUGUGUGUUACAUCAUACUUGUACGAGGUUUGUCCGGA